AUGGAAUCAUUCACAAGAGCAGAAUUAGUAGCACAAAGAGAUGGCGUUUGGGCUGUUUGUGGUGAAGUUUUUGAAGCCUAUGAAAAAUGUAGAAUGGAAAAAGGUAGUGAUCCAGAACUUUGUUUAAGAGAAUCAACUGCAGUUGUUGGAUGUUCACAAAAAGUAAUGAGAGAAAUUGUCAAAAAUUGUCAAAAAGAAUUAAACGAAUCAGUUAAAUGUAUAGAAGAAAAUAAUAUGAGAACAAUUCCUUGCGAAGAAGAGAAUAAAGCAUUCAACGAGUGUUUCGAUAAACUUGUUGCUCCAAAAUUCCUUUAA